GUUGAAUGUGCUUUCAUAACCGGUAAUCACAAAAUCCUAGAUAAUUUGUGCUGAAAGGAGAAUAAAUAAAAAAUAUAGAGAGAGAGAAUUUCAAAUACUCGUAGUGAAGUGGAAGUUUACACAGAAAGAACCACAAGUAAAUAAUGGACAACGUGAACCUCCUAACACAAGAAAAAGCUCUUUCCUUCCUAAACAAGCUCGGGUUGGAGAAUGGCCUUGAGAAACUUCAGCAGGAUCCUUGCAGGUUUAUUACAGACCUUAUCAAAGCAUAUCAGGAGCAUGUGCCAUUUCAAUGCGUGACCAUGAUGGGCCUGGCAGUAGAGGACCGCCAUAUCCCAACACUGGAGGAAAUCGUAGAGGCAGGAUUCAGUAUGGAAGGCGGUGUGUGUCUCACCCUCAAUGUCUUCUUCUGCCUCCUUCUACGAGCACUCGGGCUGAAAGUUGACUUGCUCGAUGGAAACUACAGUGCACACGGAGAUGACCAUUCCCACGUUAUCCUUCUACUCAGCGACCUAAGGUUCCCAGCAGAUAAUUACGUUAUCGACGUGGGUAAUGGUUUCCCCAGCAUGGAGAUGAUCCCCUUGAAAGAGCUCCCAGUUGAACAUUACCACGCUGGUCUGGAAUAUAGAUACGAAUAUAGUGGUGAAGACGUCAUCAGGCUACACCGGUCUGGAGAUACCACACUCGAUGGUGAAAAUGUGUGUUGUUGCCCAGUCGAUGAGGAAAAAGUGUGUUAAAGAACUGGCA